GUAUAAUCACCUAUUCAGCUGUGAUUUUGAUUGAGUUCAAAAUGGCUCAAGCUGCGUCCAAAACAUGUGAAGUUUGCCUAAGUGCCCCUGGAUCACAAUACUGCAUAGACUGUGAGGAAUACUAUUGUGGAAAUUGUAAGUUGCUACACAAUAGACUGAAGUUAUCGAGAAACCACCAGUUUCAAAAGGCUUCCGACCUUAUCCCGGAAGGUAAAUCUAAAUGUUAUGAACACAAAGAAGAAAUAACCUUAAUUUGUAACACAUGUAAUGCACAGAUUUGCACACGAUGUGUGACAGGAAAACACAAUGGGCAUAUAUUCUCCCAGAUUGUCGAUGUUAUCGCUCAACUAGAAGGAGAAAGCGAAACAAAAAUUCGUGCCAAGACAAAUGAAGCAAAUCAAAGCAUAAAAAAGAUUGAAGAAAGCUUGAAGUCGUUUGAUAAUUCUGUCGAGUCUGUUAUUAAAGCCAUCACUGACGAAGGCAGAAUGAUUAAACGUAUGGUUGAUAAAGCCGUAGCUCAGAUGAUUACCUUAGUGAAAGAACAAUCCAAGAAGGAGAAAGAGAAACUGAUGAUUAUGUUAUCUGAUGCUAAAUCCGUACUUGAUGACGGACAGGCCUUAGACAGAAAGAGAACAGAACUAAAGAAGAUCCGUCAGGAUGGAAGUUUGGUACAAAAGAUCAAUAACAUGAAAGAAGAAAUAAACAAACUCAAAAUCUCUUCUCUUCCAGAGUUUCCCAAUAUAUCCUUUAGUCGGAAAUCUGUAGCUGAAGAUGACAUCAGGCAACUGAUAGGGACAUAUACUAUUAGCAAUUGUUCACCAAUCUUAGAAAAAGUGGAGUGCCAUGGCAAAUUAUACGGAUGUACUAAAUGUGGGGAUGAGCAAAUUAUACAAUUGCACUCUCUCAAUUACGAAUGCUUCAUGUGCGGAGGAGAGAUGCUCUAUUAUGAAGACGUUUAGCGGAGUAUAUGCAACAUUACAAUAUAUUUCCAAAAUAUAAUCAACACUAUUACAAUGAUGUUUGAAGUAACUGAUGUGGAAAUUAUAAUUCCAUUGACAACAAACCAUAGUUCAGUAAAUAUAACCUUGAAACUGAUGUUGCUGUUUUAACAUUAAGGGACCGUUCAAUAUUUACCAGAUGGAUUGACCAGUGCAUUCUUCAUAUUUUUCAUAAAAAAAAUGUAUGCCCAUCCUUAUAAAUUCUGACAAAAAGUCCUUGCCCUUUUAAAAAAAUCUAUAAAAAAAGUCCUUGCCCCUCUAAAACUUUAGGACAACCAAAAAUAAUUUCGGUUCUUUUUUUAUUUUAAAUGUUUUAUUUUUUUUUGUCUUGAAAUCAAAGAAUGGAUUUUUGUGUUAAUACAAAAUUUAAAAUGUGCUAGUUAAUUCCUAUAUGCAUAUAUUUAUGUGUGUAUCAGAACCAUACAUGUUAUUGUUUUUUAAAACCAGUAUGAAUAUAAAUGUUGAAGGCCGUACCUUAACCUGUAAUGGUUUACUUUAUAAAUUGUUAUUUGGAUGGAGAGUUGUCUCAUUUGUACUCACACCACAUCUCGCUAUAUCUUUGUACAGAUUUGAUUUUUUAUAUGCAGUUUAAAUAUGACUAUCUGGAUUUAGCCUUCACUAAAACUUUUAGAUUUUUUUAAACCUUUUUAUUAAAUCUGUAAGAAUGACAACAAUACACCAAAUUACCAAUCAACUUGACAUUCUGUAAGAUCAAUAUGUAUAUGAAAAAGCUGUAAAAUUUUAUGAAAAUGCAAUUUGAUUUGAAAAAAUUAUGAAAACAUCAAAGGAUGACUAUCUUGAAUUAGCCAAAACUGAAAAUUUUAGCAUUUUUUAAAACCUUUUUAUUGAAUCUGUAAGAAUAACAGCAAUACACCAAACUACCAGUCAACUUGACAUUCUGUAAGAUCAAUAUGUAUAUGAAAUAGCUGUAGAGUUUUAUGAAAAUUCAUGUUGAUUUGAAAAAGUUAUAAACAAAUUUAAAGAUGAUUAUCUGGAUUUAGCCUUAACUGAAAUUUUAGCUUUUUUUUUUUACCGAUUUAUAGAAUUCAUAAAAAUGACAGCAAUACAUCAAAGUACCAAACAAACUGGCAUUCUGUAAGAUCAAUAUAUAAUUGAGAUAGCUAUUGAGUAUUGUGAAAAUCGAAGUUGAUUUGAAAAAGUUUAAUUUUUUUUUUAAGGUGACUGUCUGAAUUUAGCCUAAAAUGAAAAUUUGAGCUUUUUUUCCUACACUACCUAUCAAUCAAAUUCUUAAAUUUAACAGCAACACACAAAACUAUUAAACAACUUGGUAUUCUAUAAGGUAAACAUAUUUUAAAAGAUAGUCCGGGCAGAAAAUUCUAGUUUUUUUAAUCCUUUAUUAAAUCCUUAAAAUUAACAGAAAUGAACCAAGCUACCAGUAUGUUUUGAGUGCCAGCAAAAGAAAUUUCAUACACACCGAUAAAAUUGAUAGCAAAAUGUUCCUAUAAAAUAUGUUCUGGCCCAUCCACUAAAUAUUUUUAAAAAAGUUCUCGCCCAUCCAAAUUCUUACACAAACAAGUGCUUGUUCCGCCCCAUUUUCCACCGGCCCAUCCAUCUGAUAAAUAUUGAACGGUCCCUAAACAUUGAAUGAGAUGCUACAUGUAUAGACAUGAUAGAUAAUAUUUUAUUUACAGUACUUUGGGUAACAAGUAUGUUUAUAAUUGAUGUAGAUAUUGAAUACAAACAUAAUGAUUUG